GCGGCGGCGGCAGCGGCAGCGGGGAGCCUGGGGGCGGCGGCGGCGGCCGCGGCGAAGCUGGCGCUGGGCGCGGGCGGGGAGGCAGCUGGCGGCCCGCUGCCAGUGUUGCUUCGCCUCACCUGUGUUGGCCUGGUGUUUGUGUGCAAUGCAGUGAUGUGGGCAGUCUUCACAAAAGCCUUACGACUCUCCUCCUCCUCAGCUGCUGCCUCUGUGACAACAACAGCCUCCAACUUCAUCUCUUCCGCUAUCCUGGGAAAACUGCUCUUCAGGGAGACAUGGACGGCUCUGUGGUGGGUCGGCCUCACCAUGACAGUCUGCGGGCUCAUGCUGCUGCACACAACUGCACCCCAGCUGGUGCAGGUCCCAGCAGAGAAGAAGGAAUGAUAGCUGCUGGAGGGGUCACAGUGCCAUGCUGCCCCUCUCUAGCCUGUCUCAUGACGACAUCCUCAGUCCCCACCAGCCUCUGAACACGUCAGCCACCAAGCUGCUAACCCCUGCUUACUGCUCACCUGCUGACUUGCAGAAUCACGUUGGUCACAUCUUUACUGGUGGUGGCAAUGACUCGGAGGGAGCUGGUCAACUCUGAGUCAGUAUUGUGAAAAUCAGGGCCAGAGGCUUAUCAACCACUCCUCCUCUUCACACCCUGUGGCUGUGGAGCUUUCCCAGUUUGGGGAAUGCUGAAAGUGAAGAUGGUGGUUGUGGAAGGUGCUUUUGUAUCAGUAUUUUUCCAUGAAAGGACCUAUCCCAAAAUAGAAGAGCAAUCAGAAUUAGAUACUGAAGGCAGCUGUUAUUCCUGCUCUGCUGUUCCUGACUUUCUGUCACUUGAAAUGGUUCUAUGCCCACUAUGUCCACUUGUUAGGCUGUGGAGACUUUCAUUAAUUCAGCUUCCUCUAUCAGUCAAUACACCUUUUAACUUGCCAUUUGUAUUUGACAUCUAGAGUUUUUCCUUACCCAUUCCUGACAUGUUAAUCACUGUAAGGUUGCUGUUCUUUCCUUUAAACCUUUACCCAGAAGAGGAUUUUGAUCAACAUUCCUGCUUUGUGUGGGUCAAACUAAUUUUGGGACGAUUCAACAGGCAACCUGCUUUCACUUGGAACAUCCAUGUUCAACACAUUCCCCAUCCCUACUCAAGUUGACAAUUGCUUUAAUUGCUUUACCAAAACUCCAUUUUGGUAAAAGGGAGUAUCUCAAGCUAUGUUCUUUCUACAUCUUUGGAUGAUGCUUAUUCCCAUUCAUGUGAUGUGAUGUGAUGUGAUGUGAUGUGAUGUGAUGUGAUCAACCAGAUCACUGGUAUCUGCUAAAUUUUGCAUCAGUGAUGACUCCGUGUUCAGGUGUCAAUUUGGUGAAUGUCUCACGAAUCAUCAUUUGUAAGGUAUGAGCUUCAUUCCUCUGCCCAUUUCUUUUUUUUCUCCUUGUAAAUUCUUCCGUUGGAAUCUUAAUUAAGAAAUUUAAUGAUACUUAUAAAUGUAUGCAUCAUGCUGGUGAUAUCACGUGUUUGCUCUGGGCUUGCCAGGUUGUCUCUGUCACCUUGUAAUGACAGAAGGUGAGUCACAGUUCUGGCAUGUGCAGAAAACCUAAGGACACAUUUCUGUGAGCGUCUGUACCAGAACCUGUCAGGUCUGUCAUGGCUGGCAGAUCUGCGCUGUGUCAAAUGUAAAAUAGACUUAUGCAUGGAAAUACUGCUGGAGUAUACUGUUGGGCCUUUUUCUUCUUUGAAUAAGAAGAGUCAUGAUCUCACAGAAGAGGCCAAGAGCCAUUUGCUCCAUUCCCUGCCAUGCUAGCUCACCACAUCUGGCAACCAUGUCCCAAGAGGGGCAAAGCCUUUGCCUCUCCCCUCAGUGUGCUCUCAAGUCUUCUCAUCAAAGAGGGGAGCUGCAUUUGUGGUGGGGGAGAGGGCAGAAUGCUCUUAGUGUCUUCCCUCCCUGCCACCAUGGGUCUCUGCACCUGGGGAGCUCUCUGGGUGGCAGCAGUGGUAGGGUGGGACACGUCCAGUUGCCUGGGAAGCUGGGACUUGACACAGGGACCUAGCAUCCCUCUUAGGUCUGCAGACAUGACAGCCAGGAACCGUGCAUUUCUGGGGACAUCAAGUCUCCUUAGAUCUUCAUACAUGAUGGAAAAUUAAUGAAUCCUCAUUUAUUUGCCCUUGUUAUUAACACUCAGCCAGCUGUAAGCCAUGGCUGCUUUCGUGCAAACACCAGUAGAAGGGCCAGGCUCUCUGGUUAAUUUGGCUGUUGUCCCAUUUCCUAAUAAACCAUUUGGAAACCUGGACUAUCUCAAAACGGACAUUUCUUUAUUACAGUCACUGUUGGAGGUCAAGGUUUAGGAGGCGUUUGUUCGGAAGUGGAAGGUGUGUAGAAGGCGUGAGCAGCACUUUACUUGGUGAUGUUCACUUUAAGGCAGAUGAGUAUAAACCAGGGCUGUAAAUUCUCUCAUAAAUGCUUGAAAGUGGGAACAGAAGUAAAUUUUCCUCCAGUUCCCAUGGGAAGAAAAGAUUGCCAAGUAGGGUUCAUUUUAUGGCAGAAUUCCACUCCUCAUGUACACAGAGUUUGGCCAUGUCUGCUGGUGGGGCCAGGGCUACAAGAAAAACUGCAAUCACUGUUUGGCAAAGCAGUGCACUUCUGGUAAACCAUUCAUAUGGGAUCAUCCAAAAUGUGACUGAAGAUGAUAACAAAAAGGAGGAGAUUUCCAAAAUAAAAUUCUGUCCAAAGCUCA